AUGCCACCCUCGCCCGCGCCCCUCAGGCUCCCCCCACGAUUUGCCGGCAACCAGCUCCUCCCAGUCAGAGCAGCACUCUCGGGCGAACUAGGCGCAAUCAUCAGCUCAUUCAGGCCGCCGAUCAGAUAUGCCUUCGCAUACGGCUCAGCAGUCUUCCCCCAGAAAUCAUACCCCCAGCGCAACAGCCACGCCAUGCUCGACUUCAUCUUCGCCGUCUCCCAUCCCUCCCAUUGGCACAGCAUCAACCUCCGCCACAACCCAAGCCACUACUCUCUGCCCGCGAGGAUACUCGGAUCGCCCGGCGUCACUUGGCUCCAGGAACACGGCCCCGGCGCUGGCCUCUGGUUCAACGUCCAAGCCAAGAUCAACGACAGAGUGAUCAAGUAUGGCGUGGUCUCAAUCGACAGUCUAUGCGACGACCUACUAGACUGGAACAGCUUAUAUCUAGCAGGCCGGAUGCACAAGCCCACCCACAUCCUCCGCGACGACGGCCGGGUGCGACUAGCCCAACAGGUCAACCUAGCCUCCGCCCUGCGCACCGCACUCUUGCUGCUUCCCGAACGAUUUGACGAGAUCGAGCUCUAUCGGACGAUCGCCGGGCUCAGCUAUACGGGCGACUUCCGCAUGCGCUGGGCCGAGAACCCGUCCAAGAUCGACAACAUCGUCGAGCGCCAACUCGAGCUCUUCAGGACCCUCUAUCGGCCCCUGCUCAACGCACUCCACUCCCACAUCACCGAGUCCUCCUCGCCCAAGGUCUUCCUACAAGACUGUUCCCCUCAAGCCCGGGCCCAGCUCCUACUCAAGCUGCCCGUCCGUCUCAGAGAACGGAUCCAGACCAUCUACUUCCAUCGAUGGAACUUGCAUCGCGCGUUCACUCAUACAUCUUCCAUCGACCCUCCUCAAUUACCCUCAACCGAUCAGCUCGAAAUCUGGACCCGCAUUGCCGCAGACUCCACACUCCAUGAUUCCCUAAAACAUUCCCUCGUCCAGAUCGUCGCUCGUCCUGCCCUCUAUCAGUCAUGCAAAGGCCUCUUCUCUGCUGGGCUUACCAAAAGCAUCAGGUAUGCUGCGAAUAAAGUCAUCAAACGAUUCUCUUAA